CUCCAAAAUCGACAGAAAAUGGUUUAUCGUAAAAAUCCGUGACCUGUAGCCUUCAAAAUCCAAAGAAAAUGGCCUUUCAUCGCCCAAAAAAUUACGAAAAUGCUAUCAAAACAUAAAUUGGCCCAAACCGGUGCUUAAUGCAUUUAUCAUCCGUGGAGAAUAGCAUUAAUAGUCUUCAUUAUUGAUUGAGAGUUGCCUCGGCCUGAUUCCGUGAUCGGUAGCCUCCAAAAUAGAAAGAAAAUGGCAUUUCGAAAAAAUCGUCUGAAAUCUAUAAUGGCACCCCUUUGAAAUCUGCCAAAAAUUGACCCGGAAUAAAUCCGACCAAAUUGGUGCUUAAUGGACUUAAUCAUCGUUGAAAUUUAGCCUCAGGCCGAAUCCGUGACAUGUAGUCUUCAAAAUCCAAAGAAAAUGGUCUUUCGUCACCCAAAAAAUUACGAAAAUGUCAUCCGAAAAUAAAUUGGCCUAAACCAGUGCUUAAUGCACUUAACAUCCGUGGAUAAUAAGAUCAAUGGAUUUAACUAUCGGUGGAGAAUAGCCUCACCUGAUUCUGUGAUCUGUAGCCUCCAGCAUCGAAAGAAAAUGACAUUUAGGAAAAAUCACCCGAAAUCUGUAAUUGUACCCCUUUUGAAUCUUCCAAAAAUUGACCCGGAAUAAAUCCGCCCAACUCAGUGCUUAAUGGACUUAAUCAUCGUUGAAGAAUAGCCUUAGGCUGAAUUCGUUACCUAUAGCCCUCAAAAUCCAAAUAAAAUGGUAUUUCGUCGACCAAAAAAUCACGAAAAUGUCAUCCGAAAAUAAAUUGGCCCACAAUAAUGCUUAAUGCACUUAUCAUCUGUGGAGAAUAUGAUCAAUAGACUUCAUUAUCGAUGGAGAAUAGCCUCGGCCUGAUUUCGUGAUCUGUAGCCUCCAGAAUUGAAAGAAAAUGGCAUUUCGAAAAAAUUGCCUGAAAUUUGUGAUGGUAGCCCUUUGGAAUCUGUCAAAAAUUGACCCGGAAUAAAUCUGCCCAAAUUGGUGCUGAAUGGACUUCAUCAUCUUUGAAAAAUAGCUUCAGGCUGAAUCCGUGACAUGUAGCCUUCAAAAUCCAAAGAAAAUGGUCUUUUGUCCCCCAAAAAAUUUCGAAAAUGUCAUCCGAAAAUAAAUUGGCCCAAACUGGUGCUUAAUGCACUUAUCAUUAGGGGUGGUAAUCGGUUUACCGGUUAUACCGUUAACCGACGGUAUCGGUAUGCGGCAGUCAAAACCCACCUAUCGGUGUACCGACUCCCAUCCGGUAAAUAACCGGCGGCAAAUCGGUAUACCGAAUAUACCGAUUCCCUACCCCUGCAUGCGAGCCAUUCUCUUCUCUCCGACCUUAUCGCCUUCAUCGAUCUAGAGAAGAAAGGUUUCUGGACGUCGCCUCUCUCCCGCAAGUCCACAUUCAUCUCCCGCAAGCCAUUACUCUGCCUCUCCAAAUCUGCAAAAUCCAGAGAGCAACCCAAAUCCCCAAUCAAUUCGUGAUGAGUAAACUGUAAAUCAACCAUCAAAUUCAAACCCCCUUCAAGCACAUAGAAGAAGUCGGACCUACGACGAUGCGGGGCGAAUGGAUCUGAGCAAAGAUGAACUCGCCGGGAAAGGAAAUGGCAGAGGUUCGUCUCCUACCAUCGUUGCCGCUAUCUAGGCAAAGAUAAAAUCGUCGUCGCCGGGAAAGAGAUUUGGGCACAUAGCAGAAGUCGGACCUACCAUCGCCGCCGCUAGCUAUCUCACUCGUCAUCGACCAGUUCCUCCCAACGUCGCCGUCGCGACUUUCUCACCAGAAUCCAGAUAAUGUCGAGUCAUCUUCCUCUUCAGCCGACUUUCUCACCAGAAUCCGGAUUUGGUGGUUUGCAAUUGCUCCGCCGCGAUGCAGAGGGCGAGACAGUAGCUGAUCAAGCAACGACAGCUGGGAGUCGAUUUGCCUCGAUCCGGGAGAAGAGGAAGAUCGAUUCAACACCGGCGACUAGGGAAGAGGAAGAUCGAUUCGUCGCCGGCAUGUUCUCGUCGAGCCGCCAGAAACCACAUCAUUCUCUGAAAUCUGAAUCGGCGGUGGGGUUUUGACAAUCCGCCGACGGCAGCGACUCUCUCUGGUCGUCUCUCUGAUAGUCAGAUCUGAGUGGCGGCGGAACGAAUUGAGGCAUGCAGAUGCAGGGGGUGGGUUGAAGGAAGAAGGUGAAGAAGUGGGGAGAUGGGCUUUGGCGGUGGAUAGGAGGGAGGAUGAUAUGAGAUACUGUUGGCUGUUGAUGAAGAGGGGAAGAAGAAGGUGAAGAAGCAUAUGGUGGUGGUCGGCUUUGAGGGAGAAGAGAAGACGAAGUGAAGAUUCUCCGCACUCAGCAGUGCCUCUCGGUUUCUUGGUAUUAACCGAUGGUAACCGGUAACCGGCUAUCCGGUUAUCCGGUUAACCAGUUAGAAUUCGGUACCGGUAGUCGAUCCCCAUUUUGAUGUUGUCGGUAUACCAUAACCGGUUCAGUCGGUAACCGAUUAACCGUUACCGAACCGGUUACCAGCCCUACUUAUCAUCCAUGGAGAAUAGGAUCAAUAGACUUCAUUAUCGGUGGAGAAUAGUCUCGGCCUGAUUUCUUGAUAUGUAGCCUCCAGAAUCGAAAGAAAAUGGCAAUUUGAAAAAAUCGUCCGAAAUUUGUGAUGGGUACCUCCUUUGAAAUCUGCCAAAAAUUGUCACGAAAUAAAUCCGCCUAAAUCGGUGCUUAAUGGACUUAAUCAUCGUUGAAAAAUAGCCUCAUGCUGAAUCUGUGGCCUGUAGCCUUCAAAAUCCAAAGAAAAUGGUCGUUCGUCGCCCAAAAAAUUACGAAAAUGUCAUCCGAAAAUAAAUUGGCCUAAACCGGUGCUUAAUCCACUUAUCAUCCAUGGAGAAUAGGAUUAACAGACUUCAUUAUCUAUUGUGAAUAUCCUCGGCCCGAUUCCGUGAUCUGUAGCCUCCAGAAUCGAAAGAAAAUGGCAUUUCGGUAAAAUCGCCCGAAAUCUGUGAUGGUACUCCUUUGAAAUCUGCCUAAUAUUGACCCGGAAUAAAUCCGCCCAAAUUGGUGCUUAAUGUACUUAAUCAUCGUUGAAGGAGGGCUUUAGGAAAAUUUGGGCCGCUCGGCCCUUUUGGUCGAGUUCCCUCUACAUAUAUAUUUUUUAUAAUAAUAAUAAUUUAUUAUUAUUAUUAUUAUUCCUAGUCUCCAGUUGUAACCCUUCGUACGUAACCGUCAAACCCACUACUCAUUUGUUAUGGUUGAACCUAGAUCAAAACAUCGGGGUGUUACAAUGGACUUAAUCGUGGGUGAACAAUGGCCUUUCAAAAAAGAAACGAUAAAAAGUUUACGAAAAUGUCAUCCGAAAAUAUAUCCGCCCAAAUUGGUGAUUAAUGGACUUUAUCAUCGGUGGAGAAAAGGAUUAAUAGAGUUCAUCAUCAGUGGAGAAUAUCCUCGAGCCGAAUUCGUGAUCUGUAGCCUUCAAAAGCGAAAGAAAAUGUCAUUUCGGAAAAAUUGCCCGAAAUCUGUGAUAGUACCCCUUUGGAAUCUGCCAAAAAUUGACCUGUAAGAAAUCCGCCCAAAUCAGUCCUUAGUGGACUUAAUCAUCGGUGAAGAAUAGCCUCAGAACGAAUUCGUAAUAUGUAGCUUUCAAAAUCCAAAGAGAACGGAAUUUGAGAAAAAUCUUCCAAAAAUUUAAGAAAAUGUUCAUCCGUAAAUAAAUAUGCCUUCGAUGAAUUGUCGAACGAAAUAAAUAAAUAAACUCUUCCAAAUCGGCGCUUAAUGGACUUAAUCAUCAUUGGAGAGUAGGAUCAAUAGACUUCAUCACAUUUAAACAAUAGUCCCGGGCUGAAUCCGGGAUUCGUAGCCUUAAAAAUAAAAAUAAAAAUAAAUGACAUAUGGGUACUUUAUUUUAUUGCUCAAGUCCUCUGCCUGGAUCAUAUGCUUCCUCUACACUGCUGCAGUGCUGAGGUGAUUCUAAUCAACUCUUACAAUAUAUUGUUGAAUGUUGA